AUGGCCACCCAAGCCUUGGCAGACCGGACAGUCUCCCUAACAUACACCUCCCUCCCACAAGAAGUAAUCCACGCCGCCAUCCGGAGUUUCUACAACUGGGCCGGUUGCACGGUAGGAGGCAGCGCCCACCCCGCAACGACAAUCGCUCGCAAGACCCUAGCACGCUUCUCAGGGCCUGCCACAUCAAGAUUAUUAGGUUCUGAUGGGGGCGUCGAUGUAGACGCCAUGCAUGCGGCGCUGUUGAACGGCAUUGCGUCGCAUGUACAUGAUUACGAUGAUACACAUCUCGACACGAUUAUUCACCCGACUGGGCCCGUGGCGUCCGCAUUACUAGCAAUCGUCGAGACAUUGGACAGACCCGUUUCCGGGGAGGAGUUCAUCACGGCGCUCGUUGCGGGUGUUGAGGCAGAGUGCAAGAUUGGAUUAGCUGUUUGGCCGGACCAUUAUGAUGUUGGAUGGCACAUAACAAGCACAACCGGCUCCAUCGGCGCCGCAAUCGCAACGAGCAAAAUCCUCAAUCUCCCACCCACCCAAACAGCCCACGCCAUCGGCCUAGCCGCAACCCAAGUAACCGGCCUCCGCGAAAUGUUCGGCUCGCACACGAAAUCCUUCCACCCAGGCCGGGCCGCCCAAAACGGCCUGCUAGCUACUCUCCUCGCCGCAGAGGACUUCACCAGUUCCACCACCGCGCUGGAAGCGAAGCGCGGCUGGGCGAAUGUUGUUAGUACCUCCCACCGACUAGAUGAGCAGAUUGGCUCGCUGGGGGUGGAAGGGAGGUGGGAGAUUGCGCGGAAUGCGUUUAAGCCGUUUCCGUGUGGUAUUGUGGUUCAUCCUGUUAUUGAUGGGUGUAUACGGUUGCGGGAGAUGUUGGUGAAGGAGGGGAUUGACGUUGAGAGGGUUGCAGGUGUGAGGGUGGAGGUGCAUCCGCUUGUUGUCGAGUUAACGGGUAAGACGGAGCCGAGGGAUGGGUUGGAGGGGAAGUUUAGUGUUUAUCAUGGUGGUGCGGUUGGGUUGCUGUUUGGGAGGGCUACGCCGGCGCAGUACGAGGACGAUGUUGUGGUUGACCCGAGGGUUGUGGCUGUGAGGAAGAAGAUUGAGGUUAAGGUUGAUCCAGAAUCGAGGGCGGAUGAGUGUUUUAUCGAGGCACGAGUGGAUGGCAGGGAUUGGAGUCUGAAGACUGUGUAUGUUGAGCAUGCGCUGGGUAGUUUGGAGCGGCCUAUGACGGAUGAGCAGUUGACGGAGAAGUUUUUGGAUCAGUGUUUGCCGGUGUUGGGCCAGGAGAGGGCAGAGAAGGCGAGUCAGUGGUGUUGGGGGUUGGAGAAACUGGUUGAUGUGCGUUGCAUUAAGGAUGUUCUAUAG